UUAAACUAUGGCGUUGGUCAGGGUGUUGGCUUCCUGGUUAUGGAGAUAUUAAACCCGUUGACUCGGCUGCGAGCGUCUUUUCUUACUCUUGGCCGAUCACUAUCAUCUUCUCGUAGACUCUUCAGCUGGAGCAUGGCAUCUGAAUCCGCCACCCGCUAUGAUUUCCUGGUGAUUGGCGGAGGAUCCGGAGGGUUGGCCGGUGCACGUCGAGCGGCUGAACUCGGUGCCACCGCUGCCGUGAUCGAAAGGCACAGACUCGGAGGUACCUGCGUUAAUGUUGGUUGUGUUCCUAAAAAGGUCAUGUGGAAUGCAUCCACCCAUGCAGAGUAUCUCCAUGACCAUGAAGACUAUGGCUUUGAAGGAGCAAAUGCACAUUUUAGCUGGCAAUUCAUUAAACGCAAAAGGGAUGCUUACAUCAGUCGGCUUAAUCACAUUUAUCAGAACAACCUUGACAAGGUCAAAAUUGAGACCAUCCAUGGCUAUGCAAGGUUCACUGAUGACCCUGAACCCACUGUUGAAGUCAAUGGAAAGAAGUACACGGCACCCCAUAUUUUAAUCGCCACUGGCGGCCACCCGUCCACUGUCAGUGACGAUGAUGUGCCAGGAGCCAGUUUAGGCAUUACCAGCGAUGGAUUCUUUGAACUUGAGUCUUGUCCUAAACGUAGUGUCAUAGUUGGGGCAGGGUAUAUUGCUGUGGAGAUGGCUGGUAUCCUUUCCACUCUGGGGUCCAAAACAUCUAUCAUCAUUCGACAAGGCGGGGUAUUGAGGAACUUUGAUGCCUUGAUCAGCUCAAAUUGCACUAAAGAAUUGCAAAAUCAUGGUAUUGACAUAAGGAAGAAUACUCAGGUGAAGUCAGUACAGAAGACUAACAAAGGCCUAGCUGUUAUGCUGGUGACAAAGGACCCUGACGACAAGGAUGCACAGGAGAAGUUUGAUACCAUCCAUGAGGUGGACUGUCUGCUCUGGGCCAUUGGCAGAGAGCCCAACACGGCUGGACUCAACCUCAGUCAAAUAGGUGUGACGCUCGAUGAAAGGGGACAUAUUGUUGUGGAUGACUUCCAGAACACAACUCGACCGGGCAUCUAUGCAGUUGGGGAUGUUUGUGGGAAAGCUCUUCUUACACCUGUUGCUAUUGCUGCUGGUAGAAAGCUUGCUCAUCGACUGUUUGAGGGUAAAGCAGACUCCAAAAUUAAUUAUAGUAACAUCCCUACGGUUGUGUUCAGCCAUCCACCUAUUGGCACAGUGGGACUAACUGAAGAUGAAGCAGUCAGGAGCUGGGGAAAGGACAAUGUGAAAGUUUAUACUACCUCUUUCACUCCAAUGUAUUACGCCAUCACCACUCGAAAGAGUCAGUGCAUCAUGAAGCUUGUGUGUGCAGGCAAAGAUGAAAAGGUGGUUGGUCUUCAUAUGCAGGGUUUUGGCUGUGAUGAGAUGCUUCAGGGUUUUGCUGUGGCUGUCAACAUGGGGGCUACUAAAGCAGACUUUGACAAAACCAUUGCCAUCCACCCCACUUCAUCAGAGGAGCUGGUUACAUUGCGCUAAUCUCAAUCCAUCUCCGAACAUGCCUUUCAAGAUGAACAGCUGUUCAAAUCAAACAAUAAAAAAAUACAACUUCUCAGACUAUUUUCCCAACAUCUACAUAGCAGUGUUUGACCAUGACAGUGAUGAGCAUAUACAGCACUGGGUUUGUUAUGUCCCUGGGGUCAUGUGCUUUUGCCAGUGUUUAAGAAAGUCAAAUACAAACAACAAUAAACAGACAAGAGUCUCAUGUAGAUUUGCAAUGUUGUACCCCAUCGCUCCGAUAUCUCACAGGACUUGUAGCUCAGACAAGUGCUUGUAGGUAUUGUUUGAUUGGAACAGUGUCAAAUGAAGGCUUGAUAAUUUAUGAAAGCUUGAACUAAAAUUUGUUUCUAUACAAAAAUUCAAACGUUGUUGCUCUUACAUUUCUAGAAUUCUGAAUUCAGUUGUGGAAAACAAAUGAGAGUUGCUUUCAUUAGUAGUGGGUACUAGAUAGUGUUUGCUCUGUAUACAUGCACUGUGUGGUUCACUUGUGAAAAUGCUUCUAUUUUCCUUUUUUUCUGGGUUUUUUUUUUUUUUAAUAA